AUGAAGUUGUUGGUAGUUGUCACUGCUGCUCUGGCAGUGGCGAGCGCCGCUAGCCUUUCAUUGGAGGACCUGGAGUUCCAUGCCUGGAAACUGAAGUUUGAUGAUACUGGCUCUUUGGAAGGCCAGCACUACAGGAAGACCAAUAAGCGGGUGUCCCUCAGUGAGCAGCAGCUGGUUGACUGCUCCGGCGAGUUCGGCAACAUGUGCUGCAUGGGCGGUCUCAUGGACCAGGCCUUCGAGUACAUCAAGUCCUUGGCCCCUGGAGGCCUGGACACUGAAGACUCCUAUGCCUACCAUGGACAGGACAAGAAGUGCCACUACAAGCCAGACAGUCUGGGUGCCACCUGCACCGGGUACGUUGACAUGACCAGCGGUGACGAGAGCGCCCUGCAGCAGGCCGUGGCCACCGUCGGACCUGUGUCUGUAGCCAUUGAUGCUGCACACUCCUCCUUCCAGCUCUACAAAUCAGGUGUCUACGAUGAGCCAGACUGCAGCAGCGAUCAGCUGGAUCAUGGUGUGCUGGCUGUGGGCUAUGGCACUAGUGAUGAUGGCCAGGACUACUGGCUGGUGAAGAACAGCUGGGGCCUUGACUGGGGAGAUAAGGGCUACAUAACGAUGUCCAGGAAUAGGCACAACCAGUGUGGCAUCGCCACGGCUUCCAGCUACCCCCAGGUCUAA